GUGUUCAGUGGGAAGCGCCCUGAGUCGGAGCUGCCGCCCCAGCCCCAGAGCACCUUCCGCAAGCCCCCCACGCCACCACCCCCCGAAGCCGGGGGCCAGCACUCCCUCACCUGUCUCGUGCGGGAGAGGGACCUCUCUCUCUUCGAGAAGUUGGGGGAUGGCUCCUUUGGUGUCGUGCGGCGCGGCGAGUGGUGCACGCCUGCCGGCAAGACGCUGAAUGUGGCAGUGAAGUGCCUGAAGACGGACGUGCUGAGCCAGCCAGAGGCGCUGGAUGACUUCAUCCGGGAGGUGAAUGCCAUGCACUCCCUGGACCACAGGAACCUCAUCCGCCUCUAUGGCGUGGUGCUCUCCCACCCCAUGAAGAUGGUGACAGAGCUGGCCCCGCUGGGCUCCCUCCUGGACCGCCUGAGGAAGAACCAGGGCCAUUUCCUCAUUUCCACCCUCUGCCAGUACGCCAUCCAGGUGGCCAAGGGCAUGGCCUACCUGGAGUCCAAGCGCUUCAUCCACCGCGACUUGGCUGCCCGCAACAUCCUGCUGGCCUCCAACGAGCUGGUCAAGAUCGGGGACUUCGGACUGAUGCGGGCCCUGCCCAAGAACGAUGACCACUAUGUGAUGCAGGAGCAUCGUAAGGUCCCCUUUGCCUGGUGUGCUCCCGAGAGCCUGAAGACACGCACCUUCUCCCAUGCCAGCGACACCUGGAUGUUCGGGGUGACCCUUUGGGAGAUGUUCACCUACGGGCAGGAGCCCUGGAUCGGCCUCAACGGCAGCCAGAUCCUGCACAAGAUAGACAAGGAGGGCGAGCGGUUGCCGCGGCCUGAGGACUGUCCCCAGGACGUCUACAAUGUCAUGCUGCAGUGUUGGGCGCACAAACCCGAGGACCGACCCACCUUUGUUGCCCUGCGGGACUUCUUGGUGGAGGCCCAGCCCACUGACAUGAGGGCGCUGCAGGACUUUGAGGAGCCCGACAAGCUGCACAUCCAGAUGAAUGACAUCAUUACGGUCAUCGAGGGCAG